AUGACAUGUGGUGACAUCUUCUUGGCUUUGAUAGCCGUCCUCUUCCCCCCGAUCGCAGUGUGGAUCAAGUCCGGCAUCUGCUCCGUUGACUCCCUGCUCAAUAUCCUCCUCUGCAUGCUCGGCUACCUUCCUGGUCUGCUACACGCAUGGUACAUCAUCGCCCGCAACCCCGAGCGAGACUACGACUAUGAAGUUAUCCCCGACUCCGAGCGCGGAGGUCGGGGUGGUCGAGUCACAUACUACUACAUCCGCCAUGAAACCGUGCCGCGGCAAGAUUAUGGUACUCAACCUCAGUCGCACGAUCGACCUGCCCCUCCACCCCCGGCUGGCCAGGGGAGCAACAGACCGGCUCCACCUCCGCCUUCAGGUUCCUCAGCCCAUGGAGUUGAGCCAGCUGGACCAAGUGUGGGUGCCGGAAGCGAUGAGCCUGGAGCGCCGCCCAGCUAUUCGGAAGUCGUAAAGGGCGAUCACAAGAUCCAGAGUCAAGAUUAA